CUGAGCGUAAAAGACGGUCUCGGUUUGGGACGAAUUUAACUUAAAUUAAAAAUGAAACCUUCAGUUCUGAUAGCGUUGGUUGUAUGCCUUGGCGUUGCAAUUGCCACGCCUCAACAACCGAACCUCGAAGACAUCGGGAAGAUUCGCAAUGGAGAAUCCUAUGCCCUUGAAUGUCUGCUAUCGAGUGGCUUGGAUAUAAGUUCCCUGAAGUCGCUACAAACCGGAGACUUCUCAACCAGUGGAAACAGCGCCAAGUGUCUGGUGAAAUGUUUCUUCGAGAAGACCGGUUUCAUGGAUGCCGAAGGAAAUUUGAACGAGGAAGCAAUCGUAAAACAACUGAGUCUGUUUAUGCCCAAAGAUCAAGUUGACACACUGGUGAAGAACUGUAAUUUGGAAGGCACCGACCCAUGUGACACAGCAUAUCAGGCGACUGAGUGUUACUUCAAAAACAAGGCUGGAUUGUUCUAAUGGAAUGGAAAAUUACCUCGGGAAAAAAACCUAGCUAAAAUGCUGUGAAUCAAGGUAGAACGGAUUAUUGACUGAGUUAAUUGUUGAUCAUAAAUAAUCAACCAUUUCUGUGCUAGCCUUUUUGUGCAAUGAAUAAAGAGUGUGUUGUAAAUAAAAAUUAUACAUUUUUUUGAAUGAGAAAACAAACAAUUAAACAACGCGUGCACUAGCUGUGAAAAAAUUCGUUCGUUAUUCAUUGAAUCGUUUGCGUGUGUAUAAUUUAAUUACCUAUAACUUCCGUUUGUAAAUAGUUGAGGGUGCUGGUUUCAUAUAAGUGGGAUUUCAGCAGAUGGUAUCUCUGACAUUCAAAGGAAACCAUUUUAAUAAAUUAUAUAGGUUCCCUUAUUCCCUUAGGUUGUUUUUUUUUAAUAACCAGUGCCAUUUGACAAAUGAUAACCAUUUGGCCCAGUGACCAAUAUCUUAUCUCAGUGAAAGGUUAAAUGAAAACUAUGACAAAAUUAUUGGAUAAACGUUCAUUAAAGUUAUUUACCC